AUGAAAGGACGCGCAAACAACAGACUCGCUCUGCGGCCAAAGAGUGCUUUUCCGACCCCCCAAUCUUCUCGAUUCACAACUCCAGCGUCUUCUGCUGUCGCAUCUGCCGUCAACUCAGCAUAUCCCUCCGAAGCCGAAGAUGAAGACGCCACCACCAGGAUAAAGCCCUUCCCAUUCCUCUCCCUCCCCUCCGAACUACGAAACAAGAUCUACUACAUGGUAUUUUCUGCUGCUCCAGCUGUAAUCGACCUCGAUCCCUCCACCCACAAGAUCUACCACCGCAUGCAGCUUUUCGCGCUCUUCAGAGUUUCCCGGCAGAUCCACCGCGAAGCCAAACACCACUUCUUCAGCACACACACCUUCCGCAUAUUCCCUACAUAUCCAGGUAAAUACUUCAAGACCAAGAGACCACUGCUUGCGCGCCUGCCGGCACAAUCUCGUGAGUCUAUCACAUCACUGCAAUUGCGCGUUGGCCCGGGUUGGAACAAUCCGCCCCAAGGAUGGGUUGUCAAUGAUGCUCUGGGAUUGAAGGAUUGCACGAGUGUUAGGACGCUUAAGGUUUUCGUGGAGUGCGAUCCUAGUGAUGCCAUCUUUGCUGGAUUCCGGAAGAGUGAGGGGUUCUACGAGCGUUUUUCUGCGAACUUGCUUGAGGCGGUACUGAAAGAAGUGCCCAGUAUCAAGGUCGUGGAAUUCGAUGCCUACACCUCUGUUUCUAGGACUGGAGAUAUGAUGUCUGGACUGGGCGCCGUGGUAUCGAAGUUUGAGAAGAUCGUGGCUUGGGGCGAGGAGCGCGGUUGGGAUAAGGAGAGUGAUCAGGUAUGGCUGGAUGCUAUUCUGAUGCAUGGUGGGGGCAGGUUGAGUAAGAGCAUUGCUGUUUUUGCGUGA